AUGGCGCGGGGCUCGCGGCCCCCCCCGGCCCCCCCCCGGCGCCGGCGCCGGCAGCGCUACGUGGAGAAGGACGGGAAGUGCAACGUGCAGCACGGGAACGUGCGCGAGACCUACCGGUACCUGACCGACAUCUUCACCACCCUGGUGGACCUCAAGUGGCGCUUCAGCCUCCUGGUCUUCAUCCUGGCCUAUGCUGUAACCUGGCUGUUCUUCGGCCUCAUCUGGUGGUUCAUCGCCUACUGCCGGGGGGACCUGGAGCACCUGGAGGACCACGCGUGGACCCCGUGCGUCAACAACCUCAACGGCUUCGUCUCCGCCUUCCUCUUCUCCAUCGAGACCGAGACCACCAUCGGCUACGGGCACCGCGUCAUCACGGACCAGUGCCCCGAGGGCAUCGUGCUGCUGCUGCUCCAGGCCAUCCUGGGCUCCAUGGUCAACGCCUUCAUGGUGGGCUGCAUGUUCGUGAAGAUCUCGCAGCCCAACAAGCGCGCCGAGACCCUGGUGUUCUCCUCGCACGCUGUAGUCUCCCUGCGCGACGACCGCCUGUGCCUCAUGUUCCGCGUGGGGGACCUGCGGGACUCGCACAUCGUGGAGGCCUCCAUCCGAGCCAAGCUCAUCAAGUCCAAGCAGACGCAGGAGGGGGAGUUCAUCCCCCUGGACCAGACCGACCUGAGCGUGGGCUUCGAGACAGGCGACGAUCGCCUGUUCCUGGUGUCUCCCCUCAUCAUCAGCCAUGAGAUCGAUGAGAGGAGUCCCUUCUGGGACGUCUCACGGCACCAGCUGGAGAAGGAUGACUUCGAGAUCGUCGUCAUCCUCGAGGGCAUGGUGGAGGCUACAGGGAUGACGUGCCAGGCCCGCAGCUCGUACCUGGCGGAUGAGGUUCUAUGGGGUCACCGCUUCACGCCCCUGCUCAGCCUCGAGGAAGGCUUCUACGAGGUGGACUACGGAGGCUUCCACCACACGGUGGCCGUGCCCACCCCGGCCUGCAGCGCUCGGCAGCUGGCGGCCGCGGCCGCUCGACGGCAGGCGCAGCUCUACUGGUCCAUCCCCAGCCGCCUGGAUCAGCCGCUGGAGGAGGCGGCGGCGGCCGCGGGGGGGAACGGGGACCCCGACCCCCCCCCAUGUGAGAGCAACGGCAGCGUGGCCGCCCCCGAGGAGCGGUGA